UGCUGCCAUGACUACGGCGGGCGCAGUAAGAGUGGAGAAGCUGCAAGUGCUGAGGCGCUGCGGAGGCAGCCGUGGGAGGCAAGAGCAUGAGGAGCUGGUGUCUGUGUCAGAUUUGUACCUGCGGCUCUUCUGGUGGUGGGUGGAGCAGAUGUGAACUACUGAUUAGAACCUGUGGAGAAGAAGGUUGUUUACUGGAAGUACAAGGAAGUUAAACUUUAAAACAGAGAAUUAAAGAAUAAGAGCUGAACAUACUGACAUACUGAAUCUUUGAAGAGAAACUUGGGGUUCACUAUAACAAUCCUAUGGGCCAUUUUUUAUUUCCUUGAAAGUGCCAGGUUUCCCUUGUCUCAUAGUCCUCCAAGAUACUGUUUUCCCUACCUGCAAUUUUCCUUCCCUUUCCUAGCUAGUGCUCUGUAAGUCUGUAGAUCUCAACUAUCACUUGAAAAAGCCUUCUCUGAUACUUCAUCCAGUGUUCAGAUUAGGUAAAAUUCUCCUAAGUAAGUUCCCAAAGCACCUUAUUAUUUAUCUUUAGAUUAGUUUCAGUGUUCCAUGAAAGCAGAAACUAAGUCUAUUGUUAUCUCAGUGUUCUAUUUCCAGAAAACUAACACAGUGCCUACUAGCACAUAGUAGGUACUCAAUAUUUGUUCAGUGAGUGAUGGACAAAAAUCCUCUUAAGCCUAUACUUUUCAUUUGGACUUACCUUUUUUGAUCUCUCUGUAUUUUUGAGGGUUAGGUGGCUUAAGUACUAGGUUUACUCAUUAUUUAAACUGUUAAUUGUAUACUAUAUUCAAGCUACAAUCUUGGUGUUAAAUAUAAAAAUGUCAGUAAGUUUGUGAACCCCAAAUACCUGAGACAGGUCUCAGUUAAUUUAGAAAGUUUAUUUUGCCAGGGUUGAGGGCUCAUGCCAGUGACACAGCCUCUGGAGGUCCCAAUAAUGUGUGCCCAAGGUGGUCAGAGCAGUUUGGUUUUGUAUGUUUUAGGGAGACACACAUCAGUCAACAUAUGUAUAAGAUGAAUAUUGGUUAGGUCCAGAAAGGUGGGACAACUGGAGGCUGGGAGGGAGCUUGCAGGUCAUAGGUAGAUAAGAGAUAAAUGGUUGCAUUCUUUUGAGUUUCUGAUUAGCCUCUCCAAAGGAGGCAAAUAGAUAUGCAUUUAUCUCAGCAGAGUGGUGACUCUCAAUAGAACUGGAGGCAGGUUGGCCCUAAGCGGUUCCCACUUGACUUUCCCCUUUGAUUAGUGAUUUUGGGGACCUAAGAUUUAUUUUCCUUUCACAAGUUGAAGUUCCUGCUUUCAAGGAACUCAGACAUCACAUUGCUAUAAUUUUGAGUUUUUAAAAUACUCUGUAACAGCUUUAGAUUUUGGUGUUAGCUACUUUCAUUUCAUUUGAGAUGGAGCUCAUUCUAUUUAUAUAACAAAGGUGGAGACUUUUAAACUUUUAGUCUAAUAUUUCUUUAACAUUUCAGCCAUUUGUUGCAGUAAUAAUAUUUUGGUGAAUCUAGUUACUUCUGUAGGUGUAUGGGCUCCUCCAAAGAUGGAAGAUUUUAUUUAGUCCUCAGAUUUUGGUGUGCAUUAGUGCCAUCUAGAAGUGUUAAAAUGGCAGAUUCCAGAGCUCCAUCUAAAAGAGCCAGUGGGUCCCAGGAAAUUGCAUUUUUUUUUGAGAUGGAGUCCCACUCUGUCAACCAGGCUGGAGUGCACUGGCACGAUCUUGGCUCCCUGCGAUCUCUACCUCCCCAGUCCUAGCAGUUCUCCUGCCCCAGGCUCCUGAGUAGCUGGGACUACAGGCACAUGCCGCUAUGCCUGGCUAAUUUUUUGUAUUUUAAUAGAGACGGGGUUUUACCGUAUUGCCCAGGCUGGUCUUGAACUCCUGAGAUCAGGCAAUCCACCCUCUUUGGCCUCCCAAAGUGCUAGGAUUACAGGUAUGAGCCACUGUGCCCAGCAGGAAACUGUUUUUUUUUUUUUUUUUUUUUUUUUUUGAGACAGAGUUUAUCUCCCAUUACCCAGGCUGGAGUGCAAUGGCGCGAUCUCAGCUUACCGCAACCUCAGCCUCCUGAGUAGCUGGGAUUACAGGCACGCGCCACCAUGCCCAGCUAAUUUUUUGUAUGAGACGGGGUUUCACCAUGUUGACCAGGAUGGUCUCGAUCUCUUGACCUUGUGAUCCACCUGCCUCGGCCUCCCAAAGUGCUGGGAUUACAGGCGUGAGCCACUGUGCCCCACCUAGUAUUUCUAAGAGUCAUAAUCUAGGAACUUGAAACUCUUGCUUGACUCCUUCAUGUCGACUGUGUUGACUAGGCAGUACAGCAUGGAUUUAUCUGUAUAAACAAACUUUCUGUACCUUUCUAUAGUACAGGAAGUGACUGUGUAAAGAGGUAUCUGUACUUGUACAAGAUUUGAGAUCUUUUAUGUACAGUUAUAGCUCAGUUAGAUAACUGCCAGAGUUGGCAGGAAGUUUGCCCUGAAGGAGUAGGAUUCUAAACACAUAAAAUGUUUUAGGAUCUAUCAGAGGAAUAAGAUUGCAUUCACCCUCUACUACUCCAUAGAAACCUGCUUUGGGUUUGGAGGUAUACUUUCUAACACGUAACUAGUCUAACCAGAGAGACUGAGACUUCUAAGCUUUCUCUCUGCUUUUCUUUCCCUAAUUCUCCCACUUCCUGACUGUAUUUUAGCCUAUUCCCCUCUAGCUCCUAUUUGGGAAGAGCAAGGAACAAUUCUGAUGUCUCGAGAUCAGAGGUCGGAUUAUCGUCCUUAUGAAAUAGUUAAACAGCCUCGCCAUGUGCCAGAAGAGUAUAAACCAAAACAAGGGAAGAUCGAUCUUGGUACUACCUACAAACGGGAUUUUAAUUCAUACAAAGUGCAGCCUGUGGCAAUAGUCCGGCCUUCGGAGAGACAACAAGUUAAAAAAGGAAAGUUGGACACUGUCCCAACCUAUAAAGAUGAUUAUAGAGCUUGGGAUAUUCAUAAAAGUAAACUUUAUCAGCCAGAACAAACUUAUCACCCCCCUACUGCGAAAUUUGGAAAUUCAACGACAUUUCAGGAUGACUUUGUUCCUCAGGAGAUAAAGCCUAGGCAAAGCUUUAAACCUUCCUCUGUGGCCAAACGUUCUACAGUCCCUUUUAAUGGUAUUACAAGUCAUCGCCUUGAUUAUAUACCUCAUCAGUUUGAACUCAAGUUUGAAAGGCCAAAAGAAGUUUACAAACCGACUGAUCAAUGCUUUGAGGAUCUCACAACUCACCGGCGUGACUUUCAGGGCCUUGUUGGUGAAACUGCAAAAAUCUGCAGACCUGUACCCACCAGAGUGACCCAAAAUGCUCAGUUUGAAGGAAGCACUGAAUUCCGUGAAAGUUUUCAACCAUGGGAAAUCCCACCACCUGAGGUCAAGAAAUUACCAGAGUAUGUGCCUCCUACAGGUAGCAUGCUGUUAAACAGCAUAAGCCAUCUUGAAUAUGUUCCUUAUCAGACCAACCGUGUUGUUCCCAUCAGGCCAGUUUCUCAUAGAAGAAGUAACUAUUUUCCUUUCCAAGGAAAAAGCACCAUGAAGGAAGAUUUUCCAGCAUGGGAAAGUUGUCGUCAAGGACUUAUUAGGAAGCAGCAGCAGCAGAUUCCCAACCCAUCUGGAAAAUUUGAUGGUUUGAGCACUUUCAGAUCUCACUAUGUGCCACAUGAAUUGAUUCCAACAGAGAGUUGCAAACCUUUAAAUAUUGCUUUUAAGAGUUCUGUUCCAUUUGAUGAUGUAACUAUGUACUCUGCAGAAUACACACCGAAAAAACAGGAAAUUUGCCCAGCUAGCUAUCCCUUUCCUCCAGGCUAUAUUUUUGAAAAUACAAAUUCCCAAGGUCAUAAAUUCUUCCGCAAGAUUACUCCAGCAGUGAAGGCCUUCUAAUAACCAAAUUGUGCUUAAAAGGAAGCUACUAGCAAGUUGUUGUUUUCCAAGAGAAAACUCAGUUUUGUAGUGAAAAAAUUAAUGAUGUAAUAAAUCAUUUUUUAGAUUUUUAAACAAGAAAAUGGGAAAUGUAUUCUAAGAAAUCAGAAUCUUAAAACCAUUUUGUACUGAUAUUUUAACCAAGAUUGUUCUUUAAUAUGCAUUUUGGAAGGUUGAAUAAUAUGCAUUCCCUGUGAACUAUUUUAAUACUCAACAUACUGCUUGGUAGCUUGUCCCAGUCUAUUAUCAUUUGUGAUUCUGUUAUAGUUAUGGCAGUGUAUGGUUAUUCACAUACCAGCUGUCAUUUAUUAGGCACAUCAGGAUUAUCUAGAACAACAUUGAAAAUGAUACAUUGAUUCUUCUUCCAAGGCAAUAGGAGUCAUUUACUCAGACUAAAGGGUAUCUACACAGCAUACACUGAGUGACGUUUUGGUUGCUGUAUGCAGACUGCUGCACUGCUCUUCACCAUGUUCAAGUUAGCAAGAGAGAUGGUUGGUGUGGCAAGGAAAGGCUCUGUGUGCUGGGAAUCAAAGGACUUGAGUUCAAGUUCUCACUAAUUAUUAUUAUUUUUAGAGACAGGGUCUCACUGUCAGCCAUGCUGGAGUCCAGUGGCGUGAUCAUGGCUUACUUAACCUCCUGAGCUCAAGUGAUCCUCCUGCCUCAGCCUCCCACAUAGCUGGGACUACAAGGGUAUGCCACCACACCUGGCUUUCAUAUAUAUAUAUAUACUUCCUAGAAACAAGUUAUUGCUAUAUUUGCCAGGCUGGUUUUGAAUCCUGCCUUGGUUUUCCAAAGCACGGGGAUUAUAGACAUGAGCCACUAUACCCAGCCCAAGUUCAAGUUCUAAUAAUACAGAUUUCUAUUUGACUCAUAUCUCUGAGUCUCAGUGUCUUUGUAAAAUGAUAUCUGUUCUCAAAAAGUUUGAGUACCAGACUAUAUGGUACAUUUUAAUCCUUAAAGUAAAAGUAUAAAUAUAGAGGAUUGUUUAAAAAAACAAUCUAUUUUUAUACUUAUUUUCUCCUUUUCAAAUUGGGAUAAUUACUUACUCAAUUCUCAUUUUCUCGCCUAUAGCAAGGAUUGUAAAAUAACCUAAUUUGCUUUGAGCUUAUGAGUAGUAUGUACUUUUGAGAGGAGUCUUGUCCUCUAAAACUUUAUGAGCACCCAAGAAAUUCUUAACAGAGAAUGGAAAGCUUGCAAUGGGAUAGAGUGGUUUAAGUAACUGUAUUUGGAGAAAGGAAAAAGUAUUUGCUAGGGUAGUUUUAGGAAGACUGACAGCUCUGAAGAAAUCUUUAGGGUACACUUAGGUAAUUUUGCAACUAAUUGCCAUGCCAAGUCACUGUUCAGAGGCAGGACUAGCCCCACCAGGGGCAUAAUCAUCUGUUCACCUCUUCCAGUGUAAAGAUAAGUGCUAAGGAACGGAGUGAUGCCAGUGUAGUAGAAACACUCCCUUGCAUUUAUAAAUGCUAAAAAUGUCCUAAUGAAUUAAACUCUUAUUGGGUGGUUGCUUUAAAAAAAUUAAAUAAUUGCAUUAUGGGAGAGUAUGAUUUAUUUUAGCAUAAAGUGAAUUUUAGUCUUUUAUGGCUUCAGAAUUAUUUCAAAAUAUGCUUUAUUGAAAAUCAUCAAUAUUUGGUUAUUUUAAUUGUCUGAAAGUAAUUUGUUCUUAUUUACAUUUAUUAGUAAAAGUAUGGUGUGUUAAACUUUAUAUUUCUAUGUAACAUUAAUAAAAUCAAUAAAAGGAAGGGAUUUUCAAGAAA